UUGAGAUGUGAACCACGUUUCCACGGUUGCCUUUACCCUGCUAUUACUCGGACACGUUUGCUAAUGCGUCGUCUAUUUUUUUUGUCUCUUCUUCUGGGUUGUUGCAAUAUUGUCAGCAUUUCAUUUCUCCUACCGAGCGCAGCCUGGAACCACACUUACAGCACACUCCGCGGGGGGAUUUCUGUUUAUAUAUAUAUAUAAAAAAAUAAGUCUGCAGAAUUGAAGUAACAUUCUCUCACCCCCUCCCGUUAAAAACUGCAGCAGGUGCAAUGUCUAGUUCCAUUAACUAGAACAGUUUGUGCAGCCGAGGAACGCAUGUAUGGAUGUGAGCAGUGCGGAUGCAGCUUCCACUAAACUGCUGAGUCUCACACAACGCUCUGCCUCUGAAGACCUGGGUUGUCGGCGAGGGGAGUUCAGCAGGAAGCACUAUGGUUCUGUGGAGCUGCUUAUUUCCAGUGAUGCCGAUGGGGCAAUACAGAGAGCAGGCAGGUUCCGUGUGGAGAACGGAUCAAGCGAUGAGAAUACUGACUACGCACCGGGAACUUGGCACCGGACCGAUGUGCAUCUAGAGAACCCGGAAUAUCACACCAGAUGGUAUUUCAAAUACUUCCUAGGAAAAGUUCAUCAAAAUUACGUAGGCACAGACACAGAAAAGAAUCCUUUCUUUCUUUCGGUUGUGCUUUCCGAUCAAAACAAUCAACGUGUGCCACAGUACCGUGCUAUUCUCUGGAAGAAAACAGGGACACAGAAAAUUUGCCUUCCUUAUAGCCCUACAAAAACACUUUCUGUCAAAUCUAUUCUAAGUGCCAUGAACCUUGACAAAUUUGAGAAAGGCCCUAGGGAGAUAUUUACUCCAGAAAUACAAAAGGACUUGCUGGUUCUCGAGGAACAGGAGGGUUCAGUGAACUUUAAGUUUGGAGUUCUGUAUGCAAAAGAUGGACAGCUCACAGACGAUGAGAUGUUUAGCAAUGAAACUGGAAGUGAAUGUUUCCAGAAGUUUCUCAAUCUGAUGGGCGAAACAAUUACGUUGAAGGGAUGGAUCGGUUACAGAGGAGGACUCGACACCAAAAAUGACACCACGGGGAUUCACUCUAUCUACACCGUGUACCAGGGGCACGAAAUCAUGUUUCACGUCUCCACGAUGCUUCCAUACUCGAAAGAAAACAAACAGCAGGUGGAGAGGAAACGACACAUUGGGAACGACAUUGUAACCAUAGUGUUCCAAGAAGGAGAGGACUCAUCGCCAUCUUUCAAACCUUCUAUGAUCCGAUCGCACUUCACACAUAUUUUUGCCUUAGUCCGAUAUAACAAACAAAAUGACAGCUACAGACUUAAGAUAUUUUCUGAAGAAAGCGUGCCACUGUUUGGACCUCCUCUACCAUCUCCUCCAGUCUUUACAGACCAUCACGAGUUCAGGGACUUCGUUCUAGUCAAAUUAAUAAAUGGCGAAAAGGCAACUCUGGAGACGCCAACAUUCUCUCAGAAGCGUCAGCGUACGUUGGACAUGUUGAUAAGGUCUCUGUAUCAGGAUCUCAUACCGGACUUGCACAAGGAAAUGAACGAAAUCCAACUAGGCUGGAUAACAAACAUGCUGAACAGGCGGUCCUUCAGCGACGUGUUACCAGAGUCACCUAAGUCAGCACGGAAGAAAGAAGAAGCACGCCAGGCCGAGUUUGUCCGGGUGGGCCAGGCCCUCAAGCUGAAAACUAUCGUGAGAGGUGACGCCCCGACCAGCUUGGUGACAACAGGCUUGUACAGAAAGGAGCCCUGGGAACCUCAGUGUUUCUGCAACAAUUUUCCCCUCGAAAUCAUCUGCAGCGAUUCCUGGGGCCAGUCGUUACUGAUUUCCACAGAAGCUGGGGUUCUGCUGUUGGACGAGGGGCAAAGCCCAGUGCCAGUGUUUGACAGGACACUACCGGUGAAACAGAUGGAUAUCUUAGAAACUCAGGACCUCUUCCUCUGCCGAGCUGACAAAGGGAAAGACGCACGGCUGUUUGUCUUUAGACUGAGCACUAUCAAGAGGGCUCUGGAGGAGAGACAGCUUGUGAAGGGUAAAGCCGACUGUAAGGACAACAAGCUUGAAAAAACAAAAGGCUGUCAUUUGUACGCCACUAACACGCACCACAGCAGCGAGCUGCGUAUCGUGGUGGCUAUUCGGAACAAGCUGCUCCUUAUCACGAGGAAAAGCCUCCACAGGUCCGACAGCUUUCCCAGCUUGCAACCGUCUGCGGAAUCUCCUGUUGAAGAAUUCCAGUAUAUUAGGGAAAUCUGCCUGUCUGACCCCCCAGUCGUAAUGACGCUCGUGGACGGGCCAACGGGAGAGAACGACAACCUGAUCUGCGUCGCCUACCGCCACCAGUUUGACCUGGUGAAUGAGAGCACAGGCGAGACCUACAGGCUGCACCACGUGGAUGCAAGCAAGGUUAGUUUUGUGGCAGCUAUUGAUGUAUAUGAAGAUGGCGAGGCUGGACUCCUUCUCUGUUAUAACUACGUUUGCUACUACAAGAAGGUGUGUCCCUUUAACGGGGGCUCUCCGUUGAUGCAGCCGUCGGCUUCUGACUUCCACUUCAGCUGGAACCAGGUCCCCAACUCGAUAGUCUGUGCGUUUCCUUACAUCUUGGCCUUCACCACCGACUCCAUCGAGAUUCGGCUGGUUGUGAACGGAAACCUGGUGCACACGGCCGUGAUGCUGGAGCUCCACCUCACCGCAUCACAGUCAGACAUCUACUUCACAUCUGCUGCUGCUUCGAUGAAUGCAACUUCCUGUGGCAGUUCAAAGGAGGCGAGUUUGCAAAGUUCUCCACAAACACCGACAGGUCAGGAGAUGCCAGUCCUCCCCUCUUCUCAAGGUGAAGGGGAGAUUCAGUGGAAACACAUUUACAAGAUUCCCCUCAGCAACCUCGUUGGAAGGAGCAUCGAACGGCCUCUGAAGUCCCCCCUUGUUGCAAAGGUUGCCACGACGCCCACGUCCAGUGUUACAGCGCCAAUGCCGGUAACCCAUUCACUCUCACUGUCCCGCAUGGAGAUCAAGGAGAUUGCAUGCAGAACACGCAAAGAAUUGCUGGGCCUGACGACGGACUCGACUACAACCAAAUCUGACGGUGCUCCAAAACAGAAAAAAUGGUCUCGGAAAGGAACAGACGAACAGCCCAGGAAAGGUGCUGUGAGGUCGACGAGCAGUGACAGGAUUCUAGCGGAGGUCAUGGAUACAGAAUCGGAAGCCCAACGCCACUUAUCCACCAGCUCCGAUCCAGACACAACAGCAGCCAAGAUCGAGAGUCCUCUGCCCAGCUGUUUAUUUCACCUGAACGCAUCUUUCGACGACGAAGUUUUGGACUUGAAGUGAAAACCUACAGAGACAUUUGUUUCCUCGUUUUUUUUAAAAAAGGAAAAAGGUCCCUUCUUCCUGCCCCAGACCAUGCGAUGAAUCUGUAACCCAUUGUUCCCUGCCCAAAAUGUACAGUGCAUGUCUGCUCAGAUCCACCACUGUUGUUGACUUCCACAAGACCGAUAACCUCUUAAUUUAAUGUGAACCUCCGCGCACUUAACAACCAUCUCCACUAAAAGGUUUGGAAUAUUUUUGCAGGCGAUUUUAUUUAUUACCGCGUAUUUAUCUCGUUGAAUGGAAGACGUUUGUGGGCUGAGAUUUGUACAUUUUGUUUAAAUGGCCUGAUGUUUGGUUUUGACCUUUAACCCUUGACCUCUUAGCAGUGUUUUUUUGUACUCAAUGAAUAUGUACUGUCGACACUGUUGCUGGACCUCUGUGAUGGAAAAAAAAACACCAACUGUCUUAAAAUAUUGUAUUCCUAUGGUUUUAUGCCAAGUAACAGAUGUAAAUGUAUUGUGUUUCAAACGUUGCCUCAAAAAUUACUGAAUUCAUAACUACAAAAAUAUCUAUUUUCAGUGCUGUUGAGCACUGUUGUGAAAGUAGAUUAUAAUUCUGUUAAUUAAUAUGAAAUGAAUAUUAAGGGAUUUAAAAUGUCUUUUUCUUUACAAAUUAAAAUAAAGUUCAGUUCAUCUGAUAAGUGAAUAUUUUUGUUAAAGUGAAUGGAAAUCGGGAAAAAAAAAACACGACAAGCAUUUUCUGUCUCCUCUUAAUGUAUUUCCUCCUGAGGUGGGCCUCUGGAAAUGUCUUUGUGAAAAAUAUGCUUAAAUAAAUCUGUAUUUAUUA